AUGGAGUCCGAAAAGUAUAUCUGUGUCAGGGAAACGGCUCCGUCGAACAGCAUUGUCAUCAUUGACAUGGCGACGCCAAUGCAGCCUUUGAGGAGGCCUUUCUCUGCUGACUCAGCUUUGAUAAAUCCUGACAGCAAAAUCUUGGCGCUCAAGGGUCAGUUCGUUGCUUGUUCGUCCAUACCCGCUUUGAUUAAAGGGACGAAUCACUUGCGGAUUCUCGACAUCGAGGCUAGGGCUAAAUUCAAGUCGUACCGGAUGCCAGAGGAGAUUGUGUACUGGAAGUGGAUUUCCAACGAAGUCCUCGGCCUCGUAACUCUGACAUCUGUUUACCACUGGUCGAUCGAAGGCGAGGUAAGACCCGUUAAGAUGUUUGAGCGGACAGCAAACUUGAACGGCAGUCAGAUAAUCAACUACCAGAGUGAUCCCUCUGGCAAAUGGCUCGCUUUGAUUGGCAUCGCCCCUGGUGCUCCUGAGCGUCCACAACUCGUCAAGGGAAAUAUGCAGCUCUUUUCCGUGGAUGAGCAAAAGAGUCAGGCAUUGGAAGCGCACGUAGCUGUGUUUGCCUCUGUGAAGGUGCCAGGAAACGACACUCCUUCCCUUGUCAUUGCGUUUGCCACCAAGACCAUCGCUGGCGGACAGCUUAUUUCGAGGUUGCAUAUUAUGGAGCUUGGUGCUCAGCCAGCAAAGUUCGGUCUGGUAUAUGUCGUCACCAAGUCGGGCCUGCUCUUUGUGUACGACCUCGAGUCCGCUACAUCCAUCUACCGCAAUCGCAUCAGCCCCGAUGUGAUCUUCCUGGCAGUCGAUGCUCCCAGCGUGGGCGGUUUCUACGCCGUGAAUCAUCGCGGGCAGGUGCUGCUUGCCACGGUGAACGAGCAGGCCAUUGUCCCGUUCGUCAGCGGCCAGCUCAACAACCCGGAGCUCGCGAUCAGCCUUGCUCGCCGCGCGAACCUUCCUGGUGCCGAGAAUCUGAUGCCACGAAGUAGUGGCCGAAAAGGCGUGGUAGUGGCCAAAACGAGCGCGAGAAGCCGGGCACCAGCAGUGGGGCGAAGCGGGGAGAAGGGGCGUCGAGUUUCCCAGAAAGAGGAUUUGGUCUGCUUGCAGCCCAGUUCUUCCAAUGUGGUCAACCGGACCGCCACAGCCAUUACUCGCCAGAGCCUAGGUACGUCUGGGCGUUGA